UCACAGAAGAAGAAGAAGGGAUAUCUCAGGUUAAUUUAAGUGUGUAGAUAUUCAUUCUGCUUAGAUUAAGCAUUUAGCAUGUGUAAGUAUGAUGAGAGCACAUUGACACUUUGUGCUGACUGUCGUGCGGUGCAGUCAGCUGAUUGAAGACGCUGAGUCAGCGCAGGUUUACCCCCGAACUGAAGUCUGCAGGCUCAGCGCUUAUGCCCCCCUACUGUUGCAGACAUGAAGUCCUGCAAAUAGAGAGUUAUUUCAGAGCGCUUCUGUAAACCUGCAGCUCCAUAAAGACGCCUUUCAUUCCGCUGCAGAAGUUUAUCCUGUUAGUUUGAGUUUUGUUUACACCACAGCAUCCGUGUUUGAGCUGCAGUCACGAGUUGCUCCUGACACAGAGUCACUUCCUGUGAACCAGCACAGUCCUCCUGCUUGCUGCCCCACCAGCCAAACAAAGAAGAGGGAGACUCUGGAUUGAACAGACGUUGUUAUGAAGAUUCAACAUGCUCUCUUACGAAGAAGUACAGCAGAGUCUGAAGGCUGCAGGGCAGACUCACAUCCUGCAGUUCUGGUCGGAGCUGAGUGACGAGGACCGGGACAGUUUCCUGCAGGAUCUGUCUCAGAUGGACCUGAAGGGGCUGAAGGAGCACUGUGAGGGGGCUCAGAGGGCUGCACAGUCCCCGCCGGAGAGUCUGGAUCAGUACCUAGAGCCGGUCCCAGCAGAGUCCAUCGGCAGCGUGAGGAAAAGUGACAAAAAGAGUCUGACAGAGUGGGAAAAUGAAGGUCUUCUGCAGAUCUCACAGAACAAAGUGGGAGUCUUGCUUCUUGCCGGCGGUCAGGGGACCCGUCUCGGCGUGCAGUAUCCCAAAGGGAUGUACGACGUCGGGCUGCCGAGCAGGAAGACCCUCUAUCAGAUCCAAGCUGAGAGAAUUCAUAAAAUCCAACAGCUGGCAGAGAGACAGCAAGGCGCCGAGUGUACCGUUCCAUGGUACAUCAUGACCAGCGAGUUCACUCUGGCGCCUACAGAGGCGUUCUUUAAGGAGAACGAUUACUUCGGUCUGAAGCCGUCAGACGUCGUCAUGUUCGAGCAGAGGAUGAUCCCAGCCGUGACUUUCGAUGGAAAGGUCAUCCUGCAGGGGAAGGGGAAGAUCGCCAUGGCUCCAGAUGGGAACGGAGGUCUGUACCAGGCUCUGGUGGACAACGCUGUGCUGGAGGACAUGAUGAAGAGGGGGGUGGAGUACCUGCACGUUUACUGUGUGGACAACAUCCUGGUCAAGAUGGCCGACCCCGUGUUUAUCGGGUUCUGUGUGAGCAGAGGGGCCGACUGUGGAGCAAAGGUGGUGGAGAAGGCGUGUCCUGCAGAGCCAGUGGGCGUGGUUUGCAGGGUGCAGGGCGUCACACAGGUGGUGGAGUACAGCGAGAUCCGACCAGAGACGGCCGAGCUGCGGGGACCCGGAGGAGAGCUGGUGUUCAGCGCCGGAAACAUCUGCAAUCACUUUGUUAGCAGAGCGUUCCUGCAGGACGUCGCAGAGGUAUUUAAAGACCAACUCAAACAACACGUCGCACUGAAGAAGGUGCCCUACGUGGACUCGUGUGGAAAUCAAGUCAAACCCACGAAACCAAACGGCAUCAAGAUGGAGAAAUUUGUGUUUGACAUUUUUCCAUUCUCGAGGAACUUUGUUGCGUUUGAGGUUGUGAGGGAGGAUGAGUUCUCCCCGCUGAAGAACGCAGACGGAGCGUCGACAGACAGCCCGACCACGGCCAGAAACUCUCUGCUGAAUCAACACUGUCGCUGGGCCGCGGACGCAGGAGCAACGCUGACGGAUGAACAAGGGAAUACUGUUCCUCCUACAGCGAGUUUCUCUGCAGGUGAUACUCCUCCGGCACGAUGUGAGAUUUCACCGCUGGUCUCUUACUUUGGAGAGGGUCUGGAGCCGCUGCUGAAGGGAAGAACUCUGCAGACGCCGAUCGUCCUGGAUGAAAAAAAGGCCAAAGAGCUGCAGGCUCAGUGAUGAUUCGUCUGAUAAACAGCAGAGAUUCCUGCUCAGUGGAGUUCAUGAUGGAGAUAAAAACCUUGAACAGAUGUUUAGAGGGAGUUUCAAUCCAAGAAGGAAAGCAUGUUUUACAACAUUGUUUUAACCUGUAUGUGAAAGGUGUACUAUCAUCUUAUAUACCAAGUGCUCGCUUGAAAACAAGCGAGGGACAAUAAUUGAGUUUUGGGAAUUUAUAUGAACUUGUCUUUUUUAAACAUGACAAAAAAUAUAUCGUCAAAUACCUCA